UUUCCUGUUUACACAGGAAAUAAAUGUCUGCUCCCAUUUGAUGACGAUCAUGUUGUGAUAUUGUUUAUUCUUCCUCAAUCAUGGGGAAUUGCUUAGGAAGGUGUUUUGGUAUUUCUGACAAAAGAAGAAAGUUUUUGAGAACAAGAUACAAUGUAGAAAGAGAUAUUUCAAUAGAGUUUGAGAAUCUGAUGGACGAUGACAACAAUGAAGAUGAAAUGACAAGAUUGGUGACUGAGAAAGAAAAACAGCUUUUGUUGAAUAAAUCUUAUACGGACAUCGUUAAACACCAAAAAAUACUUGAUGCAGAAAUCGACUCUAAGUUGAGACAAGAAGAGGAAGAAAUCCGAGCUGAAGAAGAAAAGUUCUAUGAAGCUAAACGUGAAGCAGCACGGGUUGCUAAAUUUCAAAAAGCAAAAGAGACAACUGCAAAAAAUAAAAAUACUUCCAAAAGCAAAUCAUGGCUUGGUGAUGAUGAAACAGAAUGGGAAAUAGCAGGAGGAGAAGAUGAUUUUGAUAUGUUCUUAGAAAGUGUAAGGGCGCGAUCCCUCAAAAAGACUCAUUUAAAUCACGGCUCAACAGAUGGACAUAGUUCCACAAGUUCUUUAUCAGGGACACAUACCAAAGACAAAUCAUCAUCGAUAGACUUAGAAUGGGAACACGAAGAAGGUGUAGUGCCUCAAAAGCGACAAAGAUCAUUAACUGAAGAAAACCUUUAUGCUACCAUUGGUACAAGAAACAAAGAAAGUCCAGCACAAUCCGUUGAAUUAGAAUGGGAUAAUGACUUUGUAUCGGCUGACUGUGAUACAGAAAAACUUCUUACAUCUGAUAAAAGAUCUCGAAAUGAUUCCUAAUACUACACAUUCCAAUGUGAUAUGUUUUUGUGGUUGUUGCCAUUAAAACUUAAAAUGAUGUAAGGUGCUUUGUUUUUUUACGAAAACAAAACAUUUCAGGUUGGCUUUAUUUGUUUUUUUUUCUAAUCACUUUUUUUUUGUUGAUACUAAUUUAUUUAAACAUGUUUAAUCUUUCAUGUACGUACAUAGCUAACCCAGACUUUGUAAUACAUAAGUUUAACUGUGCCGCCAGUUAGGGAUGAGGGAGUCUUAUGUUUUCAGUACUUUUGGCUUCGUUAUUACAGUACUAUGUGGUUAAAGUUUUUACUGGUAGAUUACAGUUUAGGUCAGAUUUUAUAUACAUCAACUUGAAAUUUGAUGUAUAAUUUCAUUAUGAAAUCCAUUUGUGUAUACAUGUAUAUGCCAAAUGAAGGUUUUGAUCCUUCACGGUUUAUAGAACUUGAAAAUGUGAAAGGUUUUAAGUUUUGGUUUUUAAGAUUAUAUGAAGCCACAUCAAAUUGAAAGUAAAUACUCAUAGAGAACAAGUUCAUAUAUUCCAAAUGGGGUUUGAGGUAAUUUUCCUGGUUAACAGAAAAUUGAAAUAUGAAAUAGAAAGCUGGGCAUGGUGUUCUUUGAACAUUUUCUUUUGUUUUUAAAUUAUAAAACCUGAUCUUUAUCGUAAAUUAUUUUGUUCUUAACAUGUUUUCCUGUUUGAAUACACAAAAGUGGAUUUGUAGGUUUUCUCAAAAUUAAAGAAGCCUUAAUUCAACCAUAUAUAAUGUCCUAUCCAUUUGACACAAUGUUUGAUAUGAUAUAUUUGAAUCAUUAUAUGCUAUAAUAAACAUUCCAAUGCAUAUCAGAUAAGUAUGAAUGUAGAAUAUAUGUUUUUUUGUUGUGAGCAACAUUUUGGAGGAUCCAAGUUGUAUUUAUAAUUCAGUGUACGUUAUUGAGAAUUUAUAUAUACAUAAACAUAUACAUUUUAUAAAGAAGCCUUUAUAUCUGCAAUAAAUGCUGUGAAAAUAGA